AUGUAUUCAAGGAUACUUAUACUUUUCCUCGCGGUCUUUGCAUUCGGGGAGGUAAUAAGCUCAUGGGAAGACAAUGACGACCGCAUAAAAGAUCUCGGGUGGCUUUUUGAUGUUGAAAAUAAUGAGGUAGACGACAAGGUAGGAGAACCUACUGUUUGUGAUACUAACGACUGCAAAAACCUCGCCAGAGAAUUCUUAAGCGCAAUGAAUGACUCCGUUAGUCCAUGCGACAAUUUUUAUGAAUUCGUGUGCGGUUCCUGGAAAACUAAUAGCCCCAUUCCAAAAUAUACUCCUGUUUGGGGCAGACCUUUCUUGUUCCAACAAAUAGUUUUUCGGCGUGUAAAAGGAAUUUUGGAAGAAAAACCAAAACCAGAAGAUAUUUUGCCAGUAAGGCAAGCCAAAAAAUGGUACCGUGCUUGUAUGAACGUAGAGGCGCUUGAAAAAAGAGGACUGAAGCCCUUGGAAUCAAUUCUGAUGCAAGUUGGAGGGUGGCCGAUGACCAUUGACGCCGAAGAAUGGGAUGAAACCGAUCACUCAUGGCAGAGAAUUGAGCAGCACUAUUUCCAAAUCACUGGCUCGUAUAUUUUCUACAAAGUGGAUCCCAGCUGGUACAACGAUUCGCUCAUUGAAUUGUCGAAAGGGGAACUUCCAUUGAGGGACAAGCUUCCGUUCCAGUUUAAACACUACACCGGGGAUGAGUACGAAAAUUACAAGGAUUUCAUUUCAUCAGUUAUUAAAAUGUUUGUUGAGCACAACAGCGCUAAUAUUACAAGCGAGAUGAUCGAGAAGGAUGUUCGCGAUUUGAUUGAGUUUGAAAAAGCUUUGUAUGAGUUUUCAAAAAUUGAAUAUAAAGAUCCGAUGGCUAUUGAAGAUUUCGAAAGUUGGUACGACGAGAAAACUGAAGACAAGGGUAACAAAAUUAAUGUCAGAAAGUUGAUAAAAGGAGUUUUUGAAAUGAUAAAUCACGAUACAGAGAAUGUCACAACGUUAAGAUUUGAUGAUAUGAAUUAUUUUGUUAAAUUGAACGAAUUGCUGAACAAAACUCCCAAGCGAACUAUCGUGAAUUACAUCCAUUGGCAUUUUGUUAGCAGUAUGUUAGCAGCAACAACAGAAGGAAUGCGGGAUAUUUUCUUCAAAUUGAUGGAAAAUGAGUUCGGUGUUACAGCAAGGGAACCAAGGUGGCUGGAGUGUAUAAAAGAGGUGAAAAUGGAAGUAGCAACUGGAUAUGCUUUUACCAAAAAAUACUACUCUGAAAAAACCGAUCAGCAUGUAAGGACAAUGGUGAGCAAUAUCAAGAGCGAAAUGAAGUUGCAAAUUGAAAAAUCAAACUGGCUGGAUGAACAGACUAAAAAAAUAGCUAUUGAGAAGUUAGAGUCGAUGGAACUGUUUGUUGGGACGCCUGAUUGGUACAAGAAUUCAACAUAUGUAUUGAACGCAUACAAGGGGCUUGUUAUUGGUGUCAAUCACUUCGACAAUGUUCUAAGCUACGCAAAAUAUGAAGUUAGAGAAGAUUUACGUGAAACUUUGCGUGAACGUAGACGUAUUUCACGAGAAAUGAUGGAUGUAUUAGAAGUCAAUGCGGCGUAUAAUCCAUAUGGAAACGCAAUGAGUAAAUAUAAAAAUAUUAAAACAAAAAUAAAAAAUAAUAACAAUAAUUUUUCAGUUUUACCAGCUGCCGAUUUUCAACCUCCAUUUUUCACUGAAAAGCUUCCUCAAAACAUAAACUAUGGAAUGUCUGGGGCAGUAAUUGGUCACGAAAUAGGACAUGCUUAUGAUAUCAAUGGAAUAACCAUGGGUUUGGAGGAAAAAGAAAUGGAAAUAUCCAAGCAAAUAAUGGAAAUGUACUACAAGCGCGCUGAAUGUUUCCUUGACCAGUUCAACAAGUACUUCGGAGUCACCGAGCCCGUAUAUGAAGAUACCACCUCAUAUUACGGAGGAGGAAGUCUUGGACGCAGAACACGGGGCGAAAACAUGGCGGAUACAACAGGUCUCCACGCAGUUUUCGAAGCUUACAAGGCAAUGCUCAAGAAAAAUGGUCCCGACAAGAAAUUACCCGAAUUUGAGAAGUACUCUGAUGAACAAAUGUUUUUCAUUGCAUUUGGAUCGUUGUGGUGUAUGGAUUCUACCAAGAAAUACGGAGAAAUGCUUAAAGAACGCGAUGUACACAGCCCAACUAACUUAAGAGUGAUUGGCGCGGUUUCUAAUACUAAUGAUUUUGCACGAGCUUUCAGUUGUCCCAAAGGGAGCCCUAUGAACCCAGAAAACAAAUGUAACAUUUGGAAGAACAUCGAUGAGGUUAAAAGUCCGGAAAAGCGCAAACACAGGAAGAGGAAACAUCCAUGGACUUUUGAUUGGCUUCUGUUGCUGGGCGCAGCAUUGUUCGACAAUGCAGAGAGUCAUAGGGAUUCGGUAUUGAAUAUCGGGUGGCUUUUCGACAUGGAAGGCCGAGCCGAAAAAAAAUCAACCGUUUGUGAAACUGCCAAUUGCAAACUAAUUGCUAAAGACUUUUUGGAGAGCAUGAACAAAUCUGCGGAUCCUUGCGAAGACUUUUAUGAGUACGUCUGCGGACAAUGGAAAAAUGAAGACCUUAUUCCACCGUGGGAGUCUACUUGGAGUGUCUUUCAUAAGUACCAAUUGUUGGUUGCUGAACGAAUUAAAGGGAUUUUGGAAACAAAGCCUGAAGCAAAUGAUAUUUUGCCAGUAAGACAGGCUAAAAAAUGGUAUCGUUCAUGCAUGGACAUUGAGGCUCUCGAAAAAAGAGGUUUGAAACCAAUCGAGUCAGUUUUGAUCCAAGUAGGAGGCUGGCCCAUGAUCAUCGACGCCGAAGAAUGGGACGAAAAUGACCAUUCGUGGCAACAAAUUGAACAUUAUUAUUUUGACGUCACUGGUUCUUAUACCUUCCAUAAAAUCACCCCAGCUUCACCAGUUUCGGAAACUUCUGAUGAUAAGUGGCCGUUUCCGUUCAAAAGAAAGCUGUCGAGAUUUUCGAUUGACACGCAGUACGAAGUGUACAUUGAAGACCACCUUGAAGAGUAUUCUGAAUUCAUCAAAGGAGUUGCUAAAGAGUUUACUAACUUCAACAGCGCACAUAUUUCCAAGGAAACUAUGGCCAAAGACAUUAAAGAUCUGAUGGAGUUUGAAGUUGCUUUGUAUAAUCUGGAACUUGAUGAUGAAAAAAAAACUGUUGAGGAGUUUUUGAAUGAAUAUGAUGAAGCUCUUGAAGAAAUCGGUAGUGAUGAUUUGAAGAAAAUUAAUUUCCAAGAUAUAAUUAACAGAGUAUUUGAUGUGAUAAAUCAAGAAGUAAAUGAUAAGACAAGGAUCAAGCUUGCAACGCCAAAGUAUUACGCUGAAUUGACGAAAUUGCUUAAUGAAACUCCGAAAAGAACAAUAAUCAAUUACAUUCACUGGAACUUUGUGAGAGAUAUGCUCGAGUACACGACAGAAGAAAUGAGAAGUUUGAAGAACCAAUUAGAGGACACCGUUUAUGAAGCCGUUGAGAAGAAGCCGCGAUGGCUACAGUGUACUGAUGAGAUGAAAAUGAUCAGAGCGUCAUCUUACGCGUUUGUCCAAAAGUUUUAUACUAAGGAAAUCGACAAAGAAGUACGUGAUAUGACAGAAAAUUCGCGAAAAGAAUUGGAGAAUCUUAUUGACAAAACGAGCUGGAUGGACGAAGAAGCGAAGAAACUGUCAAAAGAAAAACUUAAGAAGAUGAAAAUAUUCAUUGGGUUUCCGGAAUGGUACAAGAAUAGAACUUAUGUUAUUAAUUCUUAUAAAGGGUUAUUAAUUGGAUCAAAUCUCUUCGACAACAUACUAAGUUACAGAAAGUACGAAAUGAAAAAAGCUUUGUACAACGCAUUCGACCCUACCGAAGAAUCUGCAGAUCCCAAUGAGGAAAUCGACCCGACUAUAGUCAACGCAUUUUACACCCCGGAUCAGAAUAUAAUAGAACUACCUGCGGCGAAUUUCCAGCCUCCGUUGUUCACCCCCCAGAUUCCACGAAGCGUUAAUUAUGGGAUGGCGGGUACUGGAAUCGGCCACGAAAUGGGCCACGGAUUUGACGUUGAUGGAAUAAAUUUUGGAGAUAACGGUACCACGACCCAAAUAUCUUCCCAAAUGUUGUCAUUGUACUACAAGCGCGCAGAGUGCUUUCUUGAUCAGUACAACAAUUAUAUAGGAGUUUCAGAGCCUGGUUACGCGAGCUGGCUCAGAUAUUUGUUUAACUACCAAGGAAAUAGUUUCGGCGCGAGAACUCAAGGCGAGAACAUUGCGGAUGUUACUGGAAUCCAAGCUGUUCUUGAAGCAUACCUCAAGACACUCGAGAAAGAGGGUCCAGAUACAAAACUUCCGGGAUUUGAAGAUUGUACCAACCAACAAACAGAUAUUACUUGGUGCGAAGCUGCAACGAAAGAAGGGGCCGAAGAACAUCUCGAGUUUGAUGUCCACAGCCCAGGUCGCUUGAGAGUUAUCGGAUCGGUAUCAAACACAGAAGCAUUCGCAAAAGAAUUCAACUGCCCAAAAGGCAGUCCGAUGAAUCCUGAAGACAAAUGCACAAUUUGGGAAACCGAUUCUGGACAAAGUCUCGCCAGGCAUUCAAGAUUCCGCAAACGGAAGCGCAUUUCAAAGAUUAAAAACUGA